AUGGCGCGGGCGCGGGCGCGGGCGGCGGGCUCCCGGGGCCGGCCCGGGCGGUGCGGGCGGGGCGCGCUGCUGGUCUGCGUCGCGUGGACCGCGGGUUGGGUGCUGGCGGCCGCGCUGCUGCUCCGCGCGCACCCGGGCGUCCUCUCCGAGCGCUGCACCGACGAGAAGAGCCGGCGCAUCCUGGCCGCGCUGUGCCAGGACUACCGGGGCGGCGCACUCGGGGGAGACCUGUGCGAGGACCUGUGCGUGGCGGGGCAGCUACGGUACCGGCGCUGCCUGUACUACGAGCGGGGCAAGAAGGUGCUGCAGGCUGACUGGCGCGGCCGGCCCGUGGUCCUCAAGUCCAAGGAGGAGGCCUUCUCCAGCUUCCCGCCGCUCGGCCUCCUGGACGGCCAGCCCGAGGCCGGCGGCCAGGGCUUCCCGGAGGCAGAGCUCCUCCUGCUGGCGGCCGGGGAGGUCAAGAGCGCGCUGGGCCUGGAGCUGGCCGAGGGCGGCCUGGGGCGGCUGGGCCUGGGGCGGCGGGGGCCCCGGCUGCGGGGUCAGCUGGCCAGCCUGUGGGCGCUGCUGCACCAGGAGGAGUUCGUCCUGCUCAGCCUGCUGCGGGGCCGCAGCCCGCACGCGCCGCCCGUGCUGGGCUCCUGCGGCCACUUCUACGCCGUGGAGCACCUGGCCGCGGGCAGCCCCCGCCUGCGGGCCCUCUUCCCCCUGGACGGCGCGGCCCGCGGAGGCCGGGCCCAGGCGCGCGCGCUCAGCGGCGUGGCGCUCAGCUUCCUGGACAUGGUCCGCCACUUCGAGCACGACUUCUCGCACCGCCUGCACCUCUGCGACGUCAAGCCCGAGAACUUUGCCAUCAGGAGCGACUUCACGGUGGUGGCUAUUGACGUGGACAUGGCCUUUUUCGAACCUAAAAUGAGGGAAAUUCUUGAGCAGAACUGCACGGGAGAUGAAGACUGCAGUUUCUUUGACUGUUUUUCAAAGUGUGAUUUGCGAGUGCACAGGUGUGGAGCCCAGAGAACCAACAGCAACCUGCAGGUCGUCUGCGACAAGAUCCUACGCCACUGGUUUUCCUCGCCCCGCGGCAGCCCCGCCGUGUCGGCCUCCCUGCGGCGGCAGCUGCGGGCGGCGGUGCUCGAGUGCGCGGCCCCGGGGGCCCAGGGCGCGGCGCCCAGCCUGCUCGCGAAGCUGCGGCGCCUCCUCCAGGCCGCGCUGCGGGAGCUGCGGGAGAACGAGUAG